AUGCGUCCUCACCCUGUUGUUACUGUUACCGCUGAUGAGGCUGAUAUUGCUUGGGCCUUCCGCCCCCAUCCGCGUCAAGCUGACAUGCCGAACAAGACAAGGGCAGAGAUGUGGUCCCCGCCGAAGCCAAUCCGCGAGCUGAGCAGACUGAUAGACUGUAGGAGAAUACUGGAUGCCAUGACAGAGGCACAGGUGGAGUGGACUCCGUACUUGACUUAUGAUAGGUCUUUAUUGAACGAGCACCCACGUACCUCGUAUAUCGGUGGUAUCACCUGUUUCGAUAUCGUGGAGGUCUAUUUGCUUGAGAGGACAGUGAGGCAGCUCGAUUUUGCACAGGAGAUUCCCCCGGCUCCGCUGAGACCUACCCAAGCUCUGCGACCAGCACAGGGCUCCUACUCAGUUACAUUCGCUUCUUCCUGUAUGUUUACGGAGAUGUGGAGUAGGUUCCCUUACUGUGCCCGCGUAGUGGAGCAGGCACAGCGUCGCGCAUCGGUUCCAUCAGAGGCUGCCCCGGAUUACGUGGACUGGUUUAGAGUGUCUUCCCACUGUUUUCUCAUCCCAGGUGAAGGACCUGCUGCUGCGUUUGGUGCUGCUGAUAACAGAGUCGAAUAUUUUGCUGCUGAAUUUCCAACUCGACUUGCACCAUUGCUCAGGAUGCCAGCUAUUGCUCAAAUGACGCCUCGGGAAAGAGAUGCUGCUGAUAUGUAUUUAGAGGAUCUUAGAGAGUUGUUUUCCGAAUGGCAAGAGUGUAGAGGGCGCAGCCCCUUAUAG